UAUACUAUGCCACAGAUCUAAAAGAAGAAGAAGAAGACUGGACGACGCACAGCGACAUGAGAAACUGGGGGAAAACUAGCUUACGGGCUAGCUAGCUAGCUACGCGCCUCCGGUUUAAUUUUUAGGUCAUUUAUUCCAUUUGAGAAAAUUCUGGAAUUAAGUGGCCAUUUUUGCCACUGGAACCAGACCCUUACUAGCCUGAUAAGAGCGGCGAAAGUGCGAAAUUUGCGAACGUCAGCCAAAGUUAGAAAAUGUAUAAGUCUCUGUACGCGUUCCGAUCGCCAGAGCCAAACUCUCUCCACUUCGCUGCCGGAGAAAGCUUCCUAAUCCUGGAGCGGAGUAAUCAACACUGGUGGCUCGGAUCGCGCUGCAGCUCGGGGGAAACCGGAUACAUACCGUCAUCUUAUAUCGAGAGAAUCCAGGCCCCUGAGCAGGAUGAGGUUCUGCAGUCCAUCGACAGGGCCAUCGAGGGCAUCCACAACACAGCCAUGAAAAACGGAGGCAAAUACAACCUGGAGCAAAGAGAAGUGCUGCAGAAGCUAAUCCACCACAGGAAAGAGACCCUCUCCCGUCGAAGCCCAACUCCAGCCAGUCACAAACAGAAGAUGCCGUCGUCCAGCAGUGACCUCUCACUGUGCCACACCCCUCAACCCCCCAAUGGACUGAGCCGUGGGUAUGGGCGCCAGGCCAGCGAGCCGAAAUCAGAGACCACAGAGCCAGAAGAACAGGGCCUCUACCAGGUGCCCCUCCAGCCACGCCGUGCGGCCCCCAUUACUCCUCCACCCCCAGAGAAACGCAGGGGCACCCGGCCCAAAGAGCCAGAGGGUUCCAAUAGUAUUUCCCCAGAUGGCCCUGGGCGUGGCGCUCCUCCCAGUACUGCGCCCUCGCCCUCAGUCAGCUCUGCCUCCCUGGACUCUGGCUCCUCCCACUCAGCGGUGUCCUCAGACGUCAGCCUGCCCAGUGUUGCCAGCAGCCCUCCCCCGAUUCCCAACCGUGCCAAGGCCCCGCCUCCCCCUGCUCCUGUCCCUGCCCCUACUCCUGCCACUGCUCUUGCCCCUUCCCCUUCCCUUGCCCCUGCCCCUGCCCUCCCCUCUGAGUCCCCCCAGCCUCCGGCCCAACCAGCCAUCCCUAAAAAGGGCCCCGCCCCUCAGCCCCAACAGCCAACACCCUUGGAGGACCACUCAGAGUCCGCAGGUUCUUCCUUGGCUCCACCCGCUGCUUCUGCCAGCCCCUCCAGCAGCCCCACCCAUUCUGCAGUUGUUCCUGUGUCAACAGGGGUGGAGCUGAUUGAGCUGGUCCGUAAAAACACCAAUCUCAGUUACGAGCUGUCGCGUGUGGCGGUCGGUGUGGUCGUAGGUCAUCUGCAGACCGCUCUUCCGCAGGCAGCUUCUGCUCUGGAACAAGUUCUCCUCUCAUUGGUGCAGAGCAAGGACCUGAGAGCGGCUCUGCCUCAGGGGCAGGUUUGCCACGACGAGCAGAGGCUGGAAGUGAUCUUCGGGGACCUGGCCCGGCACCGCGAGGACGCGCAGCAGCGCAGCUGGGCCCUGUACGAGGACCACGCCCUCAUCGCCUGCUACCUGGAGGAGCUGCUGCAGAUCCUGACGGAUGCUGACCCAGAGGUGUGUAAGCGGAAGUGCAGGGCCAACCAAUCAGAGCCUGUGCUGUCACUCGUUUCUUACUACCAGAUGGAGCACAGAGUGUCUUUGCGGCUGCUGCUGCUCAAGGUCUUUGGGGCGAUGUGCAGUCUGGACUCCGCCCUCAUCUCCACCCUCCUUAAUUCCAUACUGCCCAUGGAGCUCGCUCGCGACAUUCAAACUGACACCCAGGAGCAUCAGAAGCUGUGCUACUCUGUGUUAGUCCUAUCUAUGAUCUUCUCCAUGGGGGAGCAGGUGCCAUACCACCACUACGAGCAGCUGAACAGCUCGUUUGUUCUGUUCCUAUUGGAGGUGAUUGAGAACGGCCUCCCCUCUGACUCCACUGAGCAGCUUCCUGACCUCUGUAUUAACCUGCUCUUGGCAUUCAACCUGCACCUGAAAGCUCCAGACACUAAUGUCAUCAUGCAAACACUUAUUAGCAAAGGAAAUGUGAAGAUUUUGUCAGAGAAGAUCUUACUACUGCUGAACAGAGGAGGUGAUCCAGUUUGUAUGUUUAAUCAUGCCCCGCCUGCUCCACACGCUGUGCUGAAGUUUCUGCAGGACAUCUUUGCCAGCAAAGACACCGCCACCAUUUUCUACCACUCUGAUAUGAUGGUGAUGAUUGACAUCGCUGUGCGCCAGAUCUCUGACCUGUCCCCUGGGGACAAGCUGCGUAUGGAGUAUCUCUCCCUCAUGCAUGCCAUCAUCCGCACCACAGACUACCUGCAGCAACGCCAUCGUUUGAGCGACCUUCAGAGGGCGCUGCAGCGCAUCCUGGUGGAAGGGGAGGAGGGGGCGGGACAGGGAGAGGAGGAGGGGACGGUGGCCAGGCAGAUGGACAGACUAAUAGUGCAGCAGAUCUAUAAGGAGUUUCCUGAUAUCUGCCAUCAGCAGGACUGACAUACACACGCUCACAAACACACAUACACACAUUUACACAAACCCUCUUCCUCUCAAACACACAUAUACUCACACUCUUUGUUUCUCUUUCUCUCACUGAUACACACACACACUUAAUGUUUCUCACACACACUAAUCUUGACUCACCAUCUCUCUUACGCACUUGUGUGCACACGUGCACACACACAUACACACACGCGCACAAACACUCACACAAAUUCAGUUAAAACAACGAGAUCAUUGCCAUGACACUGAUACUCUACAUAAACACAGUGUGUGUACAUAGGUGUAUGUGUAUGGAUGUAUGUGUGUUUGUGUGCUUGUUCUUCCACACUCUCCAAAUCUAAAUUCUAAAUUGCCACCAGUAUGUGUCUCUCAGGCUAAUAAACUAAAAGUAUAUUUUCCCAGUUACUGUAUGUUUUAACAGUGUGUGGCUGUCUGAGAAGAGCGGAAAUAACAAACUGUAUUUUCAUAAAACUAAACUGAAAUAAACAAUGCAAACAAAA